GCUGACAUAUUUUGGUAGGAACCUCCUGUUAAGCUACGGAGAGAAAAUGGGAGUUGUUGAGAAUGAUUGAUUCUGUGUCUGCUGGAGCAGCUGUUUCUAUGGAAAGGAUUUCAAACAUGGUGUUCUUUUUCCUGUAGAGACAUUUCUAAACAAUGAUCUUCAACUAAACAAUGAUCUUCAACUAAAAAAGAUGGCUUCCAAGAGACUCAGAAAUCUGGGUUUUUUGACAAUAGCACUGGCCUUUGCUGGGUUGUGUUUUUUGAUCAAGUGGACUUCAGCUGGAAUAUGCAUGUUCCAUCAUACCAAAACUGAAAACAUAUUUUUAAAACAAGAGAGUGGAAAUUUUUUGUUGCUACCUCAUUCGGAUUGUAGUCGGAACACUCCAUUUCUGGUAAUUCUUGUAACUUCUCCUCCUACACAAUUAAAAAUUCGGGUAAUAAUCCGCGAGACCUGGGGCAAAAAACAAGUAAUAGCAAACAAACUGAUUGUAACCUAUUUUCUUUUGGGAACUACCUUGAAUCCUGAAGCCCAGGUUGCUGUGAUUAAUGAGAGUCUGAAGUAUGGAGACAUUAUCCAGAAGAAUUUUAUAGACACCUAUUCUAAUUUAACUUUAAAGACUAUGAUGGGCAUUGAAUGGAUUCACAUGUUCUGCCCACAGUCUAGCUUUGUAAUGAAAACAGACUCAGAUGUGUUUGUUAAUCCUUACUACCUGACUGAACUCCUUCUAAAAAGAAUCCAGAAUACCAGAUUCUUCACUGGCUUUUUAAAACUAAAUGAGUAUCCAAUACGGGAUAAGUCCAGUAAAUGGUAUGUGAGUGAAAAUGAAUAUCCAAGGAAUACAUACCCUCCUUUUUGUUCAGGGAUUGGCUAUGUUUUCUCAACUGAUGUUGCUAGUCUGGUGUAUAGAAUUUCUGACAAUAUCCCCUUUGUUAAGCUGGAGGAUGUGUUCAUAGGCUUGUGCCUUGCUGAACUCAAUAUCACACUGGUAAACCUCCAUUCCAAGCAAAGCUUCUUCCCUACGGAGCUUGAAUUUUCCCUUUGCCACUUUAAGAAAAUUGUGGCAAGCCAUUUUGUGAGACCUCAUAAGCUGCUGAUCUAUUGGAAUGCACUGGAGAGAUCCAUGGAUGAAAAAUGCCCUGGUGACUGAAACCCUACUGAAUUGGAGGCAGGUGAUGUUGGUGGGGAACUGUGUCAAAAUAAUCUUCAAUUAGGCCAGCAAAAGGCAAAAACCUUAAAUGCUCAAAUGUUUCCUUGAAUUGUGAAAAAGGUUUCACAAUUCAUUUAGCUCAGUGUUUUCCAGUCUCUGCAAAUGUAGAAUGUGUAAUUCCUAGAAUGCUUAGCAAUGGCUAUGCUGGCUGGGGAAUUCUGAGAAUUGAAGUCCACACACCUUACAGUUGUCAAAAUUGGGAAACACUGAUUUAGGUAAAGGGGUUCUGGCAAUACACCACUCCUCUGCAUGUUGGCUAAGAAGUAAGUCCUGUUGUAUUAAUGGGCUUACUUCCUAAUUAAAUUGCAUAACAUUAUUACCUUAAAUAAUGUGUCCUUAAGGUUACAAUUUGAAAAUCUAAUUUCAUCUCAUAACAUUAUCCUUUGUCAUUUGGUUGUUGUUUUUAUGAAGCACUAGAGAACAAACUUUUUGGUUUCACUGUUUUUUAAAAAUUAUUAUUAUUGUUAUUGUGAGUCACCCAAAGCUGUAUUUCAUGAGAUGGAUGACCAUAUAAAUCUUUUGAAUAAAUAAAUGAAUAUGUAGAAACACAGGUAAAAGCAAAAAGAAUUUUAAUUUUUUUUAAAAAUGUCCCAGUCACCUGUGUGAGCUGGGGGUUAAAAGUAAAAUAAAAAGUGUCUCGAUUUCAUGAGGAACAAGGAUGAAAAAUUUGACCUUUAAAACAUUUUGCAUAUGCAUCAAAAGGGAACAAGGAAGUGACAGCUUAUCUAUUGUAAAAUUGGUGAUGGGGCAAGGUAAUGUGCCUAAAACAGAGGGGCAAGGUAAAGAAAAACCCCUGUAUGUGCCUCAAACUCAUGAAAAAGGGAAAUAUGCCACUGGACCCUGAACUCGUGGGGUGGAGGAUAUGGGUGUCAGAUAAAGUUAUUUAGGUUAAGAAUUAAUCAUUAAUGGUGUAAAAUAGCUGGCGCCAGCAAAGAUAUGCUUGAGUAGGAUGAGACCCUGAAACAAGUAGGUGAUAAGAGUUGCAGGAACAUCCUGCUAACAUAUGAAUAUGGCAAUUAGGUCAUAAAAUGUUUUGGAAUAGAUAGAAAAAUUGUGAGCUGAGCCCCCGGAGAGGGGGAGGAUAGAUAGGGUAUAAAAGUUUUGUGUUAACUUCGUUCAGGGUUCCUUCUUGCACGGAGGAACCCGCCUUUGC